CCCGGCGGCCCGUUUCCGGCGUGCGAGUCGCCGAGGCCACCUGUUUUCCGUGUCUCUUUUGCCUGGCCUCCGGUGUCUUCUCCUCGCGCGGCCACGUCGUCGCCCGCUGGAGCGGUGCCUUCCCCGCCUUUGCAGUCGAGUUGCAGCGACCCGGCAGGGCAGCGUAGCGCCCGUGAGGCGGCCCCGUCGGCCAGGGGUUUCCCGCGCGCGCGGCCUGGCAGCCCGGCGCUCUUCGCCGUUCCCGGCCCGUCGGGGGACCCCCGACUCCCCCCUGGACAAGCGUGGCCUCCGAGGGCAUGAAGUCCGGGCCCAGCGCUUUCGAUUCUCGGAGGAGCCGGGCCUGGGGGCCGAGGGGGCCGUGCUGGAGGUCAGCGUCCCGCAGGUGCUGCAUCUCGAAUAUGGAAUGUAUGUUUGGCCCUGUGCGGUGGUCUUGGCUCAGUACCUAUGGUUUCACAGAAGAUCUCUGCCAGGCAAGGCUGUCCUAGAGAUUGGAGCUGGAGUGAGCCUUCCAGGAAUUAUGGCUGCAAAAUGUGGUGCUGAAGUAAUCUUGUCGGACAGUUCAGAGCUGCCUCACUGUCUAGAAAUCUGCCGCCAAAGCUGUGAAAUGAAUGACCUGCCACAUGUACGCGUCACAGGACUGACAUGGGGCCAUGUGUCUCAGGAUCUUCUGGCUCUACCAUCACAAGAUAUUAUACUUGCAUCUGAUGUGUUCUUUGAACCAGAAGAUUUUGAAGACAUCUUAACUACACUCUACUUUUUGAUGCAAAAAAACCCCAAAGUCCAAUUGUGGUCCACUUACCAGGUAAGAAGUGCUGACUGGUCACUUGAAGCUUUGCUCUACAAGUGGGAUAUGAAAUGUGUCCACAUUCCUCUGGAGUCUUUUGAUGCAGACAAGGAAGAUAUAGCAGAAUCUGCCCUCCCAGGAAGACAUACUGUUGAAAUGCUGGUCAUCUCCUUUGCAAAGGACAGUCUCUGAAUUAUACCUACAUACAGGCUGUUCUCGGACAAUGUCAAUACUAAUCAGCAACCUGCCAUGCCAACUAAGACUCAGACCACUUUAGCUUCUUGGGAGUACAAGCAUUGAAUUUGACGAUGGUCAGAUCUGUUGGCCUUUAAGAUUGUGAUGGAUGACCUAGACAAUACUCACAGGUUACAAAGCCAUGAAAACAAAAAUUAAGACA